AUGGGGGACCAAGAAAAGAAGAAAUCAAAAGGCAAUAGAAGAAGAAUAAGAAGAAAACCAUCGGGAUCAACUUUGUCCUUUCCUGUUGAUCUAACCUCAGAGAUACUCUUAAGGCUGCCUACGAGAUCUGUUGUGAGGUUUCGUUGCGUUUCGAAGCUUUGGUCAUCAAUCACCACCGAUCCAUAUUUCAUUAACUCGUUCCAAACAAGGCGAAGUCUUCUUCUACUCUGCUUCAAAAAGGGCGACAAAGUGUCUGUUUUAUCGAUUCCGCAACACACUCAGGAUUGGGACAAGGCUUACUCUUCUUCUCUGCCUAUUGAGCGUUAUCAUAUGAAACUCCCAGGAUAUGGUUUUCAUUACCAUACGGAAUCUGUCCACGGCUUGAUCUGCUUUGAAGAUUCGCAAAAUCCCGUAGUUUGGAACCCUAGCAUGAGAAGUCUUUUAACCUUACCCAAUCCCAACAACCAUAAGAGCUGGACAUAUAAAACACUCUUUUUAGGUUACGAUCCAGUCGAAGGUAAACACAAACUUGUGUGCUUUCACUCAAAAAAGGUUUCCUACGUGUGCCGAGUUUUGACACUGGGAUCAUCACAAGAAUCAUGGAGAACGGUGAGAACAAAUAUUAAGCAACGCGUUUACUCUUACACUUGUGGGCGAUGCAUCAAUGGAAUGAUAUAUUAUAUAGCAUGUAACUGGAAGACGUUUGCUUAUGUUGUAAUGAGAUUUGAUGUCAGAUAUGAAAAAUUCGAUAUGAUUGAAAAACCAUCGAAUAUUGAUGUCGAUGUGCUGAUAAACUAUGAGGGGAGGAUAGCUUGUACUGAUACCUACAAUGACAGAAGAUUGUGGAUUUUGGAGGAUGCAGAGAAACACAAGUGGUCUAGUCAAGACUUUCUAGUGCCUUUACGUCACUGGGAUCAGCGUUUCACAAUGUGUUUUAAACUACAAGGUUUCACUCAUGCUGGUGAGUUUAUUUUUGGAUCACACUCGUAUCAAAAAUCGUCAUAUAUUGUAUCUUAUGAUCCAGUGAGAAACAGCUUUGGAAGGUUAGGUUUUAAAGGAAUUGCAAACGACGAAUUAUGCCUCGUUAAUGGAGUUGGAGACGAUACGUAUGAAGUCCAUGCUUUCCCGAAUCACACUGAGAGUCUACUGUCUUUGUAA